AGGAAUAAAAACGCUUGUUGGCCGGUAGGCGUUUGGUUGAACCACCUAACAGCAACUACUUUCCCUCUGGACUCCUCCUCUUUACUCCUUUCCUAUUUUUCUAUAUUUUUAAUUUAACGUAUUUUUUUUUUAACUAUUAAUUUAACGUUUCUUUUUUUUUUUUUGGUUAAAUUAUAUUAAAGCUCGUCUAAAGCAUUAAUAUUUGGGCAUGAACGUAUAAAUUAUAAUCUGGUUGUACUUUUCCGCUUUUUUAAGGUUUGCCUUUUUUUUUUUUUUUUUCGCUUUCUCUCUCUUCAGUUCUCAUUUACUGUUUCUGUCUUGCCUUUCGUCGGAAAGCCUCCUCCAUCCGCCGGGAAACAGCUCUUUUCUCCGGCGAAGGAAUCUUUGAUUCGCCGCAAACCACUUAUCUUUCUAGUAUUGAUAAUUUCCUGCAAUAUUUUAAGUAUUUCUUUUCGUGACUCGGAUUUCGAUCUCCAAGCUUGACUCGGUCUGGUGGAGAACGUGGCGCGUUUUGAGAAUGUGGCGACGUCGGUUGACGUUUGAUGCUUUGUUUUAAUAGCAAAUGGUGAAGUCGUGAUCUAGGGUUUGGUAUUAGCGGAUUUUGCUUUUUUUAAAAGUUUUCUCUGGAUUGUUUUGUUCGGUGAAUUGCGACAAAACGGUGGCGUGCAAAGAACCAUUGCGGAAUGAGAUGGUGGAAGGAAGGGUGAGUUUGUCCAAGGAAGUCAAAUAUGGGUUAGAGUUAUUGAAGCAUAAAAGGCUUCAUCGAAUAAAAUCAGAAACUGUCUCUGGGACAUCUGGUGUCACAAAUAUGAUGGCUAGAAGUGGAGGAGAUGCUUUGAGAGUUUCAGCAUCAUGUGGAAUGAGGUUACAAGGGAAUGCAGAAUCGUUUUCUAUGUCAAAUGGUGCUUCAAGGGAGAAGGACAUGUUUUCCAAGCACAGGGUUGAUAAGUUUAAUACUAGUGAUCUGGAAUGGACUGAGAGAAUUCCAGAAUGUCCUGUAUACUGCCCUACAAAGGAAGAGUUUGAAGAUCCUUUGGUUUAUUUACAGAAGAUAGCUCCCGAAGCUUCAAGAUAUGGUAUAUGCAAGAUCAUUUCCCCUUUAAGUGCUACUGUUCCUGCUGGAGUUGUAUUGAUGAAGGAGGAAGUAGGAUUCAAGUUCACAACAAGAGUACAACCUCUUCGUCUUGCGGAGUGGGAUACUGAUGACAGAGUCACCUUUUUCAUGAGUGGAAGAAAUUAUACAUUUUGUGAUUUCGAGAAAAUGGCGAACAAGGUGUUUUCUCGUAGAUAUUAUAGUGCUGGUUGUCUUCCUGCAACGUACAUGGAAAAAGAAUUUUGGCAUGAAAUUGCUUUUGGGAAGACAGAAAGUGUUGAAUAUGCUUGUGAUGUUGAGGGUAGUGCCUUUUCUUCGUCUCCCAGUGACCCGCUUGGAACUAGCAAAUGGAAUUUGAAGAAACUCUCACAGCUGCCAAAGUCCAUUUUGCGUCUUCUUGAAACAGCAAUUCCGGGAGUAAGCGACCCCAUGCUUUACAUAGGAAUGCUAUUUAGUAUGUUUGCUUGGCAUGUGGAGGAUCAUUAUUUGUAUAGCAUUAAUUAUCAUCAUUGUGGAGCUUCGAAAACUUGGUAUGGCAUACCCGGUCAUGCUGCUUUAAAAUUUGAGAAGGUUGUCAAGGAACAUGUGUACACUAAUGAUAUCCUAGCAAUGGAUGGUGAAGAUGGAGCUUUUGAUGUGCUUUUGGGUAAAACGACAUUAUUUCCUCCUAAUAUUUUGUUAGACCAUGAUGUCCCAGUCUACAAGGUUGUGCAGAAUCCUGGAGAGUUUGUAAUUACCUUUCCAAGAGCAUAUCAUGCUGGAUUUAGUCAUGGUUUCAACUGUGGUGAGGCUGUGAACUUUGCUAUUGGUGAUUGGUUUCCUUGGGGGGCUGUGGCAAGCUUGCGUUAUGCACAUCUCAAUAGGGUGCCUCUCCUUCCUCACGAGGAACUUCUGUGCAAGGAAGCUAUGCUUCUCUAUACAAGUUUAGAACUGGACGAUCUGGAUUAUUCUCUGGCAGACUUGGCUUCGCAGCAUUGCAUUAAGCUUUCAUUUGUAAAGCUGAUGCGUUUCCUGCACCGGGCACGUUGGUCUGUCAUGAAAACAAGGGCAUGCACCAGUGUAUCUCCAAAUCCUUAUAGAACUAUUGUCUGCACUUUAUGCAAACGUGACUGUUAUGUUGCUUUUGUUAACUGCAGCUGUUAUUUGCAUCCUGUUUGUCUGCGACAUGAUAUUAAGUUACUUGACUUCCCAUGUGGGAGCUGUCAUGGUCUUUUCUUAAGGGAUGAUGUUGCAGAGAUGGAAACUGUUGCCAAGAAGUUUGAGCAAGAGGAUGCCAUAUCAGAAGAGAUUGAGCGACAAGCUGAAAAUGGCGAUGGCUUGUAUUCAUAUCCAUUGUCAAAUAAGUUCCAGACUAAUGUAGAGGAUGGAUACUUUCCUUUCUGUGAGAUUAAUGUUCUUUUGAAUUCUGAGGUUGUUGCAAAAACUACAAUUAUGGGUCAACCACUAGAACACAGACAGCCUACAAUGAGCCAUGACACUGGAAAUUUUCGGCCCGAACUGACAGAUGCUUGCUCUUCUUUUGCUGCGUCAACUCUCUGUUCUUUUGUGGAUCUAGUUGGCUUGUCACCUAAAAAUGUACUGGGAGUAGCUAACCUCAGAAACAUUAAUGGUAAAGGGUUCUCUGAAGAAGUCUCACGAAAUACAUCUGAAUCAUCUUUAUCCUGUUUGUCACAUGAAGAUCGUCCAGGUAUCCAUCAGGAUCACGUUCAUGAGCCAGUGAGUAGGUCUAUUGUGGGCCAAGACAGUGAUAGUUCGGAUUCAGAGAUAUUUAGGGUUAAAAGGCGUUCUUUUUUGAAGGUUGAGAAAAGAUAUGGCAGUGACACCAUGUCAUCAAAGAACUCUGAACACCAGGGGCUCAAACGAUUAAAAAAACUCCAACAUGAAGGAAGAUCUGGGCAAUCAAUGCCAUCUGAAUGCCGCAGAAAUGAUGAACCAAAUCGCAAUAGUAAUUGCACUUCCUAUUAUAAAGAAGCUCCUGAAAAUGUCGUGAAGGACGGAUUUGGAAGAGGCACCCUUCCCAUUUCUAUCAAGUAUAAGAAGUUGGGCAAUGAGCAUUUAAUGAGUGGGCAGCGAGAGCACCACAGAAAUGAUAGGUUCCAGCAUGAGUUAGGAAAGAGCAAGAGGGAACCUUCUCCUAUAGAGAUUGGGCCAAAACGCUUUAAAGUUAGAGGCCUAACAUAUGUAGGUUCAGAAAGCAGAUUGGAUUGAAGUUACAGAUGUGCGGAGAGUGAUGAGAAAUCUGGUUGGCUUGCCUCUGGAGACUGACUUUGCUGACUUCAUUUCCUCUCUAAUGGAGUUCUCUAACAACACUAAAAUUCCAUAUGAUUGAUUCAGGGAGUAGCAGCGAGGAUUAACCAAGCUUAGGAAAAUUUUUAUUCUUUGUGCAGGCCUCAAAACUGGGGCAAAUUGCACGUGCAGUGAUUCUUGCGGUUCUCAGGCCGAGGUGUUUUUCCAGUCUUUGGCAGGAGAACCUUCCUGCAAAAACUGAAGUAGAAUUUGGGUUAGUAACUUUGGUAAAGUUGUUUGUCAGUCAAAAAUUAAUUCUUGCUGAGGAAAGUGGGCAUUCCCACAGGCUCCUCGAACUUUAGAAGUCUGCUGCUUCACCUGCUAGGUUCGUUAUUCUUUUUGUAGCAAUUGUAUCCUGCUUAAAUAAAAUGCAGAGAAAUGCAUUUUUUUUUUCUCUCAAAUCUUUUCUUCUCAUUUAAUGUAUUCCAUUCUAACUAGUAUUAUUAGUUAUUUUAGUAGUAAUUAAAUUCUUGGUUGCAAGGAAAAGUCCUUUCCCUGGAAACUGUCAUCGGACAAGUCGUAGAUGUUGCUCUUCGGAAUGAUCUUCGUCUUGGAUUAUAGGAUUGUGGGGGCAAGACUUAAUUGGAAACCGACUUGCCCCAUGUGGCAGAUGCUGCAACUUGCAAUGUCAGACGGGCCUGCAAUGUUUACUAUUUAGCUGGGGGAAUAAGCCAGCAACGGCCUUUUUUUGCUGUAGCUGUUUGGAAACUAGUGGGAAGCAAAAGAGCUAAGGAGGACCUUGAUAGUUUUCCUGGGGUCGUGAAAUGGGCCUCUUCUGUUCCAUCUGUAUCAUAGCAAUUGCGGCAAUGCUAGGGUUCUUUCUCCCUCAAUGGACCACUGUCCUGUUUCUAUAAGUUUUCCAUCUAUAGCAAGUCGCGAUAACGCCAUGGUUGCCACAUUCUUUUUAAUUCUAUCCAGAAGCGCACAGGACACUGUUUGUUCCAUUCCUUGGUGACGUUGAGAUUUCUAAUCUUGUUUUGCUUUCGAAUGUUUCCAAAUCUCAUUUUUUUUAAUAGUGAAUUUUCCCUUUUUAUACAUGUUAUGAAAGAUUUUUGUCGUGUCAAUCUGAGUGGCAAUGUCCAUGGUUUUUGAAAUUUAGUUAGCCUCUUGUUUGGAUUUAUGUAUAGGUAAUUUCGGAUAGGGUUUAGUUUGGAGAGAUUGAGUUGCAGUUGAGUUAAAUCCUACUUUUGCUACUGCCUAAAAGCCUUUUUUCCACAAGAAGAUGAAAAGCAUGGUAUUCUACCCAAAGAGAGGGUGAAAAAAAAAAAAAAAAAACAAAGAAUUGAGAGAAAGGGUUUUUUCAUAAGUGAAUUUCAUUUUAGUUUAUCUGGUGGAAUCUGUAGGGCAAGUUUUUCUUCAUUUCCAAAAUCCUCUUUAAAUUAUUGUCUUUAUUCAACCUGAGACUGUGAGAUCUCUGGACUAAAAGGUUCUCCGCCAACCAUGGAACACAACAAGAAAUUACAUUCACAUUUUCUUUCUUGCACGUUCUUUGCGUCAUGAUGACAGCAACCUUCACAAUAAUGGGCCCUGCCGAUAGCAGCUAGUCUUAAAUUUAUGUCCAAACUAGGGCCAUGAAAACCCAUGUCAACCCAGAAGAUAAGAGUUAAGCCAUGGAAUUUAGAGCCCAAUUCCCUUCUCUCACUCUCACAACGUCCAAAACAUCAAUCAGAAAACAAAUUAUUAAAAGUAGAAAAGGCACCAAUGAAAAAUGGGAAUACAAAAAAAAAAAAAAAUCAGAAACUCC